AAGAUCAAAACAUCAUCAAUCAAAGGAGUGUACUACGCUGAGCAAAAUCUUUCCACACAACGUUUCAAGGUCAAAGGUUGGGGAAUGUCACUGAGCCCAUGUUGGUGGGCUUGUGAUUUACGAAGGUGUUGGCACCCUUCCACCGGUCCCGUACAUUACAACAUUGUGAUUGACUGUGACGAAACCCUAUACAAAGGCUUCACUGCCAUAGAGCUGCAGAAUUUGCUUUCUCAGCUUCGAUUAGUAGCACAGCAAGCUGUUUUUAUCAAUGAACUACCAUUUUGA